AUGAAGUUCACUAUCUCCGCCGUCCUUGCCCUGGCUGUCUCCGCCACCGCCAUGUCUCUCUCUGAGUCCGCCGCCCUUGGUGGUGCUAAGGACCAGUGCACCUCUGGCGACAUCGCUUGCUGUGAUUCCAAGGAGGAAAUCUCUGCCGAUGGUAUUCUCGGUAACCUCCUGGCCAAGGGCGCCCUAAACGGCCUCCUCGGCAACGACAAUGCCGCUUGUGCUAAGGCCAGCCUGAUUGACGACGUCAACGUCCUUGCCUUAACCGAGGACACCGACACUGGCCCCUCCUGCAAAAACAUCAUUGCUUGCUGCCCUAAAGGCAAGGGAAAGUGCACUGCCAUCGACAACUCAGAAUAA